ACUCAUAAAAAAAGAAAGAAAAUAACUUAUCAAUGAGCCAGCAGCUGCUCGGCUUUAAAUGAGUAUGACGACCAAACAUAACAGACAUUGCGAGUUUGGGCUUCCAAGCGGACGGACGAGAUUGGCUCUUCCCGGGAAAGGAUUAGUGCCUGUUCGCGAGAAUUACAAGCUCUUCCACCGCCUAUUCUAAUCAACAACUACAACGUGUGGGCGGAUUUUAAUCGCAUUCGCCAGCAGCCACAUUCCAGUUGGAGCCGCUCAAACAGUGCACUAAAUAAACCAGAAUGAAAUAUUUCGGCGGAGUCGAGGGCGGUGCCACGCACUCCCGGCUGGUAAUCUGCGAUGAAAGUGGCCAAUCUGUGGGCGCCACCAGUGGCUUGGGAACAAACCAUUGGGGCAUCGGUAUCCCAGAGUGCGCCCGACGCAUCGCUGACAUGGUGGAACGCGCCAAGGAAGAGGCCGGUAUCCCAAAGGAAACUCCAUUAACCAGCCUGGGGCUCAGCCUGAGUGGUUGCGAGCAGGAGGCCACCAAUCUCGAGCUGGAACAAGAACUACGGACCACAUUCCCAGACCUGGCUCUGAGUUACGCAGUUUCCAGCGACACUAUGGGCAGCAUGUUCACCGCGUCCGCCAUCGGCGGAAUGGUCCUCAUCUCGGGCACCGGAUCCAAUUGCCUGCUGCGUAAUCCUGACGGCUCCACUGCCAAUUGUGGUGGCUGGGGAAACUUCCUAGGAGACGAGGGCAGCGCCUGGUUUAUUUCAUAUCGUGCCGUAAAGGUGGUAUUUGACCACAUGGACAACUUUGAGACGUCACCGGCACCCGUGGAUAAAACCUGGGACCUGAUCAAGGACCAUUUCAACAUCGAUACGCGCUACGAUAUGUUGCCCCACUGUUACGCCAAAUUCGACAAACCCUUUUUCGCCAAUCUAUGCAAGAAGCUGGCUCUAAAUGCUGACAAUGGCGAUGAGCUGGCCCUUGGACUCUUCCGGGAGGCUGGAGUACACUUGGCCCGAAUGAUCGUGGCUCUGCUGCCUAAAGUGUCGAAGGAUCUGGUGAAGUCUGGCGAUCUAAGCGUGGUGUGCGUGGGCUCUGUCUGGUCCAGCUGGAACCUAUUGAAAGAUGCCUUUACCGAGGAGCUGGCCAAGACGAAUAUAAAGUACAAUCUUAAAUUGGUUCGCAUCACCAAGAGCAGCGCCUACGGUGCCUGUUAUUUGGGAGCUGAUAAUGCUAAGUUCAACUUGCCUCGAAACUAUGCGGAUAAUAUCACUGUCCUGCAUACCUACACAGAUCCCGGAACGGCGGCGAAAACGACUAAUGGAGUCAAACCGCCGGGAUGCUGUAAAUGUAGAGAGUAGUUUUAUUAAAAAUUCUUUUCAAAAUAAACAUUUAAAUUGCCAAACAAA